AUGGGUGAUAUAUACUGUCGAGACAGACAUGAUAUGCAGAUAAGACAGAGUACAACGAUCUUAAGAGGAAUUUACAUAGGAACAAUGGCGGCCCAAGUCUCGUCCCCAUCAAGCCAUCCACUUGCCCAAACCACCCAAGCACAAGAUGCUCCCCUCCUCUUUGAUGCAGUCCCCUAUACGCCCCAGGUCCCCCUCUCAGCCCCCUAUCCGCCCUCAACCACCUUCCCCCUAGCCCUAACCCCCUCGAACCCCGCUGCCCCCAUAUCGGAAAAAGUCUCCGCAAUCCGCACCCUCACCCAAAACAACACCCUAUCUUCGCUCCUCCACGCGCACAGCGCAAUCUACUUCAAGGACCUAAACCUCACCUCCGCAGAGGAGUUCUCCGCAUUCGCAUCGGCGUUCGGAUGGAUCCCGCACGAGGAUAUCGGAAAUCCCGUUCGACGCACGAUCCACGCGUAUAAUGUUGCGACGGCCAACGAGGGGCCGAAUACGCAGCCGGUGUAUCCGCAUAAUGAGUUUGGAUUGAGUCCGCAUUUUCCGAAAUGGGUGUUGUUCUAUUGUGCGAGUGCGCCGGAGACUGGCGGCGAAACACCCAUAAACAACUCGGUAAUCCUGUACGAGCGCUUGCUGCAAAAACAACCCAAGUUCAUCGCCGCCCUCGAUGAAAAGGGCGUCAAGUACCAACUCUUCUACCCCAACACAGCCAAAGACCAGACCUCUUCCCCGGGGACAUCUGUCCGGCAAUCCUACGGGAAGAAUGUCCUCGACAGCGACACCGUCGAGGAAGCGCGCGCAAAAAUCGAAAACGAGAUCCGGAGACUGCCCACUGCGACUUGGGUCUGGGAGAACCAGUCGGCGGACAAUGAGCUGGGCGAUUUGAGGGUUUGGCAGGUUCUGCCGGCCAUCCGCACGCACCAAGACUCCGGCCGCCCCGCCUUCUUCAACAACAUCGUCUCGCGCUUCCUGAACGCCCUUGUGGCGGAUACACUGCGCCCACCGCAUGUGACUGCCGAGGGGAGGUAUCAGCCGCCAGCGUUUUACGGCGACGGAUCGCUUAUUCCGGACGAGUAUUUGCAUUCUGCGGUGGAGAUUAUCCAGGAGACGAGGGCGUUGGUUAGUUGGACCAAAGGGGAUGUGCUUCUUUUGGACAACCACGCUGUGCAACAUGCCCGUGAGCCGUGGACUGGACCGCGAAAGCUACUGGCCAGCUUAUGGGAUGAGCCUGCCAAGGCAUAA